AUGUUGGAGAAUCUUUGCAUGCUCCCACUCUCGGCGGAUGUCUUCCACCAGGUGCUGCAUCCCACCGAGCCGUUGCUGACCAUCGGCCUUUCCAACGGCCGCGUCGAGUGCUACCGCCUUCCAUCCGACGAUGACAGCAGCGAGCAGGGCCUCGUCAAACCGAUAUGGACCACAAAGCGACACAAGGGAAGCUGUCGCAGCUUGGCCUAUGGACUGGAUGGCCAGUCCGUUUACUCUGCUGGUGCCGACGCCAUCGUGAAGCAUUUCGAUCCUCACAGCGGCAAGGUGCUGUCCAAGUUCCAGCUGCCACCGCGGCACGACGGCGCGCUCGAUCUACCGGCCAUCAUGCACGUUCUGUCGCCGCAGACGCUGCUACUCGGCACCGACGAUGGGUUUCUCUACAUUUUUGAUCUGCGGCAGCAAAGCGGCGGCGCUGUGACCCCGAAACCGGCUCGUUCACACAAGCCGCACGACGACUACGUGACGUCCAUCACGCCGCUGCCGCCGUCGGCCGAGAGCACUUCGGGCUUUUCCAAGCAGUGGGUCAGCACGGGUGCAGGCACACUGGCGAUCACGGACCUUCGCCAUGGCAUUGUCACCCGUUCUGAAGAGCAAGACUCGGAGCUGCUGUGUUCAACCCUGAUCCCCUCGGGACUGGGUCCCCGGACACUGCGUGGCAAUGCUGUCGUCGCUGUCGGCACCGAGAACGGCGUGCUGACGCUGUGGGACAAGGGCUCGUGGGACGACCAGCAGGAGCGCGUCUACGUCGCCGGUGGUCGUGGCCGCAACGAGAGCGAGAGCCUCGAUGCCAUUGUGCGUGUUCCCGAUGAGGCAUCAUGGGGCAAUGGCCAGACCGUAGUCGUUGGUGCCGGCGACGGCAGCGUCAGCAUCGUCGACCUGCACGCCCGCCGCGUGGAGCAGGUUCUGCGCCAUGACGAGAUUGAGAGCGUCGUUGCCGUCGGUGUUGACUGUCUCGGUCGUCUCGUCAGUGCCGGUGGACGCUCGAUCGGCAUCUGGCAGGAGAACAGCGACGUCGCCGGUGGCAAGGCGAACGCCGACGAUGACGACAGCGAUGACGGUGACGACAGCGAUAACGAUGAUGGCGGCGCCAAGGGCAAGAAGCGGGCCGCCUCCGCUGCCGGUAGCGACGAUGAUGAUGAUAGCGACAGCGACAGUGACAAAGAAGGCAGACGGAAGCGCAAGUCCAAGAAGAAGAGGCGCAAGGGCAGGGGCAAGGAGCCGCAGAAGCCGCGGGUCUCAUUCCCAGGGCUGGACUAA